AUGGACAAUUUCUCCAUGGAACUGGGCAAACUAUCUCAUCAGCAGGUCAAAGAGUACUACAGAAGGGCCAGCAAGAUUGACUAUGUGGAGAAGGUCUCCAAAGUGGAGUGCCACAUUGGGAAGAUGGAGCACACAGCCCAGUACAUGAGUGCAGAACAGCUGCAAAUGGAGGCUCCUUCCAAAGAGAAUCUAGUUGGGAUGGGAGACCCUGCAACAAGCUAUCAUAUGGCAUCUAUGAGCCAUGCCUGGUCUCUUAUCAGUGGAUGGGAGCUGGAAGAUCCCAAUGAUUGGUCACAUCAGGUGAGGUUCACCUGA